AUGGUUAUCAAGAUGAUUUUUGGUAGAAAGCUAUAUAAUAUUAUCUCGGCAUAUGUUCCUCAGGUUGGAAGAAGUGAAGAAGAGAAAAAUGUAUUUUGGGACAGUCUAUUGGGGGUGACAUCGAGACUGGCAAAUAAAGAGGGGAUUAUCCUGGCUGGCGAUCUGAAUGGACAUGUGGGAGCGAGUAGUGAGGGUUAUGAAGGAGUACAUGGAGGGUUCAGUUACGGCAUGAGAAAUUUGGAAGGAGAGAGGAUUUUAGAAUUUAGUGAUGCUAUGGAUAUGAUUGUUUGUAAUACAAUGUUUAAGAAAGAAUCAGAGAAGCUGGUGACUUAUAAGUCGGGUAGUACCAAAAGUGUUGUGGAUUACUUGUUAUUAAGGAGAUGUGAUCGAUGUAUAAUAAAAAAUGUGAAAGUGAUACCGGGAGAGGAAUGUAUAAAUCAGCAUCGACUAGUUGUAGGAGAUCUCACUCUUAAAGGUGCCAAAAAGAAAGUUUGCCCCAAGGCUGAAGGUUUGGAAAUUGAAGGAGGAGAAUGCUAG